CGGUGGACUCACCCAUGCACCCUGUACCAUUUCAAAACUUGGUUAUUUUUUAAACGGCAGAAGAUUCCCGAGAUUAUCUGCCGGUGAAAAUAUGCCAGUUUUGUCAUUCACCAACGCACCUAACCCACCCACGGUUACCCCACCUUCAUCUGAGAAUGCUACUACAACGUACCUGGACUGCGUGGAAAACGAUUCAAAUAUUGCUGUGCGACUUUACGACAACGUGAAGCGUGCUGUGAACUGUAUCAUGUGAGUGUUGUAUCAUGUGAGUGUUGUAUCAUGUGAGUGUUGUAUCAUGUGAGUGUUGUAUCAUGUGAGUGUUGUAUCAUGUGAGUGUUGUAUCAUGUGAGUGUUGUAUCAUGUGAGUGUUGUACCAUGUGAGUGUUGUAUCAUGUGAGUGUUGUAUCAUGUGAGUGUUGUAUCAUGUGAGUGUUGUAUCAUGUGAGUGUUGUAGCAUGUGAGUGUUGUAGCAUGUGAGUGUUGUAGCAUGUGAGUGUUGUAUCAUGUGAUUGUUGUAUCAUGUGAGUGUUUCAUCAAUGAGUGAAUCUGUAUAAUGUGAGUGUUGUAUCAUGUGAGUGUUUCAUCAAUGAGUGAAUAUGUAUAAUGUGAGUGUUGUAUCAAUGAGUGAAUCUGUAUCAUGUGAGUGUUGUAUCAUGUGAGUGUUGUAUCAUGUGAGUGUUGUAUCAUGUGAGUGUUGUAUCAUGUGAGUGUUGUAUCAUGUGAGUGUUGUAUCAUGUGAGUGUUGUAUCAUGUGAGUGUUGUAUCAUGUGAGCGUUUCAUCAAUGAGGGAAUUUGUGUAGUGUGGAAUAGGACUAGAGGGUUGGUCCAUAGACAGAAAUACAUGGAAAGGGGUGGGAGUGCAAGAAUAAAAGUACGGGUAGGGCCGCAAGGCAAACAAAUGUGUAGUAAAAAUUACUUUCCUUUCGAAAUCAUCUUCACCCUGUGGUUAGUCGUAUAUAUUUACUAUUCAGGAGUCAACUGGUGUAGCUUAUUUAGGCAGCACGUAUUUGUGUCAAUGAAAGGAAAAAAAACUGCCCUGCUGUGUCAGCCCACCUCUGACGGUUAGUUUACUUAGCCGUAAUUUUGCAACAUUGAGAACCGUUUAUUUUUAGUCAUCUUUUUCAUCACCCCAGGUUGGAGCCCUACGUCCCUGACUUGUCAUUCAUCACAACGUUUCAUCCCACCACUGACCGGAUAGUUGGCAUGACCCUUCACUGUUUCAUCCUCUCGAGCAUCGUUCUGACCAUGGCCCUGAUCAGGUUGGCGAUGUUCUCCCUCAAGUUCGCCUGCUUCAUCACCCUCAACUUGGCGGUGUUCAGGGGAGACAUCAAGGUAAGUUGUCUGCACAACAGUGCCCCCGGGGAGUUGGACUCGCGGAGUCGGGGGGACAAUAUGUUCCUCGUCGGGUCGCAGUUGUGAAAUGUUUGCUUUAAACGUCCCUGCAAAAGGUGAAUAAAGUCUUGAAACGCUGAGACUUCAGUUGUUGGCCCUACCUGAGUGAAAGGCAAUCACUAACGGCGUUCCGUCUACAUCACGCAUCAGUUGACUUGAGACGAUAAUGUGUGUCCUCAUUCUGUGCUGUACUGUUUUAAAAUAAGGACAUUUUCACGCAAUGCCAAACAUACGUAGCGGUUUAAAAACAAUCUCAUGUCAAACUAUUUGUCAAAAUAUUAAGAUAACGUCAUUAACUUUUGAUUGUGAACCCCCAUUAAGGUCAGGUGACUGAUCACUUAAUUAUUUAAUUCACUCACAUUCACGUCUAUGUACGCAAUGGUUUUAUUCUUAUACAUAUUAUGUUUAUAGUUAUUACGUAAUUCAUAAUACUCUUAAUUAUAUUUUGUCCCUUUUUUGGUUGUCCACAGCCGAUUUUAGAAGACAACAGUGUAAGUGUGAGAUGACGAAUAUAAUGUAAUAAUUAUUGCUUAUUUUAGGUUAAAACGAUGUAUUCAAACUUGUAUCAGGCGGUUCAAUCAAAUUGUUCUUCUGCCUGAAUAUCUUUUCAGCGACGGAUCUUUGUAAAAAUUUAAAGAUUUCUGAAUUGUUCGCUGUUCAUCAGAAAUGAUGGCUUACAUUAAAUGCGAAAUUUAUCUAGAUUAAAAUUUGUAACCUUUCACAACAAUAAUUGAUUUUUAGUUUUUAAACAGAAGUGAUUUUUGGCCAUUUGAAGUUAUUGUCAAGUUGUAUUGUUAUUGUUUGGUUUUUUUUAAAUUUAAGACGUUUUAGUUUUCUGAAGUUGACCAUAUUAUUUUUUCGAAUAUUCUGGAAGGGUCUUUGAAUUGGCCGUCUAAAGCGAAGUAAUUCGAGGGGAAGUUAUGCGAUUCUCAAAUGCCAGGUUUCUUGGUUUUCUCUAUAUCAUGUAGUGAUUUAUUGGGUCUUUGAAAUAAUAUUAUAGGAGCUAUAAAACAACUGAAUGAUUGUAUUGAUAUUGAUAGAUACGAUUAGUACUUAAAUAACUUUUUUUAUUAACACGUGAUUAAUAAAUGAACAUUAAAAAAUAUUUCGUAAAAUAUUUAAAUCGUAAUUAAUUAUUUUGUGUGGUCCAACUGCAAUCCCUCCGGCACUUGGGUAUGCAGCGACAGAUCUCGUGCGCCUUUCAGGGAGAGCGAGCAAUCUUUGCUCACGCUUCCGCUUAGCAGUGAGCCAAAAGUUGCCAAUUGGGACCACACAAAUUCGCGAAUAUGGCCAGUGGUUUGCCCCAAUGUAGAUGGUCAACGAUAGUUGAUGCUGCAUGGAGCUUUCUUAUCAUCAAAUGGGGUCAUCGCUUGCAUAUGGAUUCUUGUAUCAUUAAAUGAGGACAUGGCACGUAUGAAUAUGGGGACUUUGUAUGAUGAAAUGAAUUCAUUGCAUCUAGGCAUAUUGAUCAAACCGGAGGAGAUUAAAACUUAAAACUAGUUCAAAAGUCUCCCCCCAAAAAAAAAAAGAGUUAAAAAAAACAUAGAAGCAAAACGGUUUCAAUUUCUUUUGUUUUUUUAUUGGUUUUCUUUUUGUUGUUUUUUAAAUAUAAAUAAUAACAUUUGUUGUGGCUUUAAUCGAUGUUUCGAUUCUUCAUAGGAUCCAAUAACACAAGAGCAGUUACGAGAGGCCACGAUAUUCGAUACCUCCGGACUCAAAAUAAUUAUUGUACAAUGUAAGCUUUAAGCUAAUCGUUCAUCCACAAUCAAGUAUAUUUUCGAUGGUUUAUUUAUUGCACGGUUUUGUCGUGAUGCACGGUGUGAUUUGUUUGAUUGUCUCAUUGCACUGUUGGUCGUUCUCUUUUGUUUGUCUACUUGCACUGUUGGUCGUUCUCUUUUGUUUGUCUCAUUGCACUGUUGGUCGUUCUAUUUUGUUUGUCUCAUUGCACUGUUGGUCGUUCUAUUUUGUUUGUCUCAUUGCACUGUUGGUCGUUCUAUUUUGUUUGUCUCAUAGCACUGUUGGUCGUUCUCUUAUGUUAGUCUCAUUGUCCUGUUGGUGGUUCUCUUUUGUUUGUCUCAUUGCACUGUUGGUCGUUCUCUUUUGUUUGUCUCAUUGCACUGUUGGUCGUUCUCUUUUGUUUGUCUCAUUGCACUGUUGGUCGUUCUCUUUUGUUUGUCUCAUUGUCCUGUUUGUCUAAUCAUCGUAAGAACUAUAACGUGAAGUUUUUGUUUUUAUAAAAUUAAAAAAAAAAUAUUUUAAUUAUGGGCUAAAGCGUUAAUGCUUAUAAUUGCCAUAUGCGGCUAUUGAAAGAAAGAAAAAAAAAACAAUUUUCUAAUAAAUUAACUAAUAUUAGUUGCCAACCCGGGAUGGGAAAGGGUGUUUUUGGGGACUUCAAAAUAUACCCAUCGCAGCCAAUAGAAAGUUUGACCUCAGACGCUGGGAGAGCAGCCGACCAGGGGUUCCUUCAUUGAUGCCGCCUCACUCGGCUAGUCACUCCAGUGGGAGGCGGGUGGGGCUGUCUCCAAGGGCCCGACUAAAAUUACCCUAGUUGGGUUGGGGGGGGGGGAGAGGGGGUACAAUGGGGAAGACUUCAUGAGCUCUUGCUCGAUAGCGUUCUGUUUUUUCAGUCAAGUUAGUCAGUCAACGGACGUUACAGAUCGCUUCCAGUUUCAUGUAUAAGUGGGAGGCGGGUGGGGCGGUCUCCAAGGGCCCGACUAAAAUUACCCUAGUUGGGUUGGGGGGGGGGAGAGGGGGUACAAUGGGGAAGACUUCAUGAGCUCUUGCUCGAUAGCGUUCUGUUUUUUCAGUCAAGUUAGUCAGUCAACGUACGUUACAGAUCGCUUCCAGUUUCAUGUAUUCCUAUUGAAGUGUUGCUUCUAUUUGUGGAGAGUACGGAGUAGAAGUGCAGGCAGACAAGCGUGAGAUAAUCCUCACUCACUACUUUUUUGAGAUGCUUAAAAGUGCAGGUGUAUUCUAGACUAUAGCAUGACAUAGAAACCCGCCCCAACCCUUUUCACUAGUAAGCCUCCCUGUUGAUCAACAAUAAUUUAUUACUCCACCUCACCCACCCCCUGAUGUCUACAUUACUCAUUUCAGACCGCACUCGAAACGCCCCCAGUCCACGGCUGAGCCUAUCACCGCAGCGGCCCCGUGACUCCGGAAGUGAUUCUUCUCAGGACAUAUUUAGCAUUUCCUCUCUGUAGCCUGGUGUGACGACAUCAGAAGACCAUAUUUAAAAUGAAUCCAUAACUUGUAUGCCCCCCAAAACAUGAUACUCGCUUAGAUUUUGUGAAUUAC